AUGAAAAUAUUGAGGAGAAAGAAAGUAACGAAAACUAAGAGACUCAGACUGGGGGGAAGGCGAGAUAUCCAAAAAGUACCGAUUUGUCUGAAAAAAUUUUCCGUCUUUCUAGCUUUGGAGAAAAGAAUUGCCCUCAUUGUUAUUGAAGUUUCUUCUUACAAUGACGAUCAAAAGGAAACUCCAUAUCCUUAUUCCCCCUCUUCAUUUACUCAUUUUUCUCCUUCCACAAAUUCAUCCUCUUCAACCCCAACAUUAACCGUUAUAAACGAGACAAACAAAGCAAUAUUACCCAAACCUAUUGCUCAAGAAUUGAUUUGCCCAAAAGAUCAAAAACUACAAAAAGGUUGUUAUGUUAUACUUGAUGGGCCUGAUGCUUCGGGAAGUGGAUUCUCUCGUUUUCUUGUUAUGGAACCAAUGGGGCAAAUUGUUAUUGCUGAAGCGCCUUUAGAUUUUCCUCUACAUGGCAAUUUUACCAGAGAAAAUUCUCGUCAAUGGCCUUUACUUUCCAAAAAACCUCCCCCAAUAGAUUAUCAAAGAGCUUUAGUUGUUCAACCAUUUAUAACCCAAACUUUUGUGCCUUCAUUAAUGCCUUCAAAAAUAAUUGAUGGAGAAACGCGUCGAAUUCUUUGUUUGGGAUUGCACGGAUCUAUUGUUAACAAUUUCUUCGCAAAUCUUUCAACAAAAUAUGAUGUGACAACAAUAGACUCAGAACCAGCAUUACGCUAUAUUUCUGAAAAAUGGUUUGGAUUUUCUGAAACCGAGCAGAAUCGAAUUUUUAUUGAAAAUCCAGCAUUUUAUGUUGUUGCUAGAGCUGAAUUGAUUGAAAAUCCAAAAACUGUGGCUGUCCCUAAAAAGAUUGAUUUUAUUGUGGUAGAUGUUUGUUAUGGAUUGGGAGCUGCAGAGAAUCAACAUGUUCAGUGCCCUGUUAAGGAAUUUGAAGAAGAAAAAGUUGUUCGUGCUUUGGCUAAAAAUUUGGCGCCUUACGGCACAAUUGUAAUGCAUUUCUUUUCACUUACGAGUAAAAAGGAGAUACCAGAGCAACACCAAUUAGCUAAUCACGAACACCAAAUUUUGCAACUUUUUAAAAAAUAUUUUGGAAAUUGUUAUUUUGUUAGUGUUGGCCCUCAUUUGUUGUUGACUUGUACUCGUCGUGCACAAAUUACUCGUGCUAAUUAUAUAACAACUUUCCGAAAAUUACCAAAAGAAUUGCAAAUUUAUGCGGAAAAUCAGGAACCGAAAUUUUUUCUUGAUUUGGAAGCACUAUAGAAAGUGAUUGAUUGGGACGAGUAAAUGUUUUUUUGAUUAAGAUUUUUUUUGGAAAAGGUUUUUUUCUCUAAUGCUUUUAUUUAAUUUUAUAUACAAUGUAUAUUUAAUUAUUUAAAUUAUUUUUCAAAAAAUUUUACGAAAAUUUUUAAAAGACAAUUAGGGAUGUUUUGGGUUAUACUCGAAUCCCGGACUUUUUUUUUCUUUUUUAAUCCGAAGAAAUUUUUGAAAACCCUGACCCGAACAUUUUGAGCAACCCGAGACAUCCCUGAUCCUUUCCUAAACUCAUUGGUAUAAAAAAUUAGUU